AGUUUUGGCCUUUUUCUUACAGUUAACAUGUAAAUUAUCACCUUCCCACUGGUUUACUUGCAUUCUGUGAUUUAUUUUACAAACUGUAAAAUAAAAAUGUUUUUUUAAUGACGUUAAAAUUUUUCGUCAGAUUUUAAAAAUAUUUAUUCAUUUUUAAAUAGUGUCAGGCAUUUUUUCAUUUGUACAUAUUUUGGUAUUUUGUGUAUUUGCCAUAAGGCACGGAUGUGAUCCCAUACAGCUCUGAUGUGCGUCAUGGCGCACAGCUUGGACUCAACCUGUUUUUAUGAGCAAACAGAAGAACAGGGUAUGAAGGUUUUCCUCUUUCUGAUGGUUCCUUCUGAAGCAGUGAGAGCAGCUUCUGGCUGUGAAUGAGUGAAAGCUCUCCCCGGUUCUGUGCGCAGCUGCGUGACGGAGUCCAAACACCUCCUCACCUCCAGUUCAGCUCUGAAGCUUCACUGUUCUUGUCCAGGUCUGUAGCCAUGGAGAGGUUCGUGUGCGCGUUGAUCCUCCUGCUCGCUGCUCUGCUGUGUCUCGGUACCGGUCAGCACCACGUCGGACCGUGGAGACACCGGAUCCAGUGGGAGAAUAACGGGCAGGUGUACAGUCUACUGAGCACCGGGACUCAGUACCGGUUACCGGCGCAGACCAGAAGACGCACCGAGCUGCUGCUGACCACAAAGAACAACUUUAACCAGAUUCACUCUCCGGUUCCGCCCAGCAGAUCCAGCAGAACCAGAACCGUGGAGCUCCGGGACGCAGCCGGUAGAAUCUCUCAGCAGAACGACCACAUCCAGACGGACUCGUCGGUUCUCGGUCCGGACGCCGGUCAGUAUUUACUGGCUGCGGGACGUCCAGGUGCACCGAGCCCCGGAACCACCGGAGGAUUCCGCGCAUACCGGGAACCGUCUAACGGCAGCGCGGCCGCGUUCACCGGUAUCCAGGAGUUCUCGGGUAACGGAGUUCCUCGGGGAGGCCGGAGCACACCGGGACAGGGUGCGCAGCGGACCGGCACGUUACCGGUCAGAUCAGCGGACUUUACGCACAGCAGGAUCCGGUCUGACGGCUCCGGUCCACCGGCUCGGCCUCCUGCUGCACCCGACCGGGUCUCCACGGCGGAGGAAAACGGGAACACCGGCAGAGGAGACGCUCCCGGUACGCAAAGGCUGCAGAGAGCGCAGUCCCUGAGCAGAGGCGCACCGGAGCCCGGAGUUCCUCCAACAGCUGCUUCCAGUAACUCUGUAGAAAUCCACUUUCCUCCUCCAAACCCAGAUCCGGACGUGGCUGACCCCAGAGACCCUCACAGCAUCCACCACCGGAACUCUGUCUUCUACAACGUUUACCCUCCGGACCGCAGGAACCGGAUCUCUGCUCGUCCUCCACCGGGAACCGGCUACGGAACCAGGUUCUUCCACCACGGUCUCCCAGACCUGGUUCCUGAUCCGUACUACAUCCAGGCAGCCUCCUACAUCCAGAGAGUGCAGAUGUACGCACUCCGCUGUGCUGCCGAAGAAAACUGUCUCUCCAGGUCAGCGUACCAUUCGAGUGUGAGCGAUCUGGACUACAGAGUUCUGCUGAGGUUCCCACAGCGGGUGAAGAAUCAGGGAACGGCGGAUUUCCUCCCCGUGAAGCCCAGACAUGAGUGGGAGUGGCACAGCUGCCACCAACAUUUCCACAGCAUGGAGGCCUUCAGUAACUACGACCUGCUGGACGUCUCCUCCGGUCAGAAGGUCGCCGAAGGUCACAAAGCCAGUUUCUGUCUGGAGGACACGUCAUGUGACCCGGGAACUCGAAGACGAUUCGCCUGCACGGCUCACACACAGGGCCUCGGUCCUGGUUGCUAUGAUACGUAUCACGCCAACAUCGACUGUCAGUGGAUCGACAUCACCGACGUACCGCCUGGAAACUACAUACUGAAGGUGACGGUGAAUCCGUCUCAGCUGGUUCAGGAGUCAGAUUUCUCCAACAACGAGGUCCGGUGUGACGUCAGGUACACAGGAAGCUACGUCCAGACCAGAAACUGCAGGAUCACCGUGAGCUGACCUGACUGAAGACGUUGACAGACGUAUUUAAUUUUCCUGUCGAGCAGCUCUUUUACUGUUUCGCUGUUUGUAACCACAUAAAUUAAUCUUUAUAUUUAUGUCGAGUUUCAGCUACACUCUAAGAAAUAAGUCUGUAGAAUAAAAGACGAGAUACCAA